UUAGGACGUCAGAGAUCGGCCUUGACGACGGGCUGUGGGAUCGGCGCCCGUGGACGAGAUGAUCGACCAGAAGCGCAAGGCGCAGGAGAUGGCGCUGGUGCAGGUUAAGCGACCCCGUAAUGAUCUGGUGCCCUCGGCGCAGGGUGGUCCGCAGCAGGCCGUGCUACAGGCGGGUCCUCCGAGAACAUCGAGUCUUCAAGCUCCUAUAAUGCUUUUAACGGGUCACGAGGGAGAAGUUUAUUGUUGUAAAUUUCACCCAAAUGGAUCAACACUGGCAUCUGCAGGAUUUGACAGACUCAUCUUGUUUUGGAAUGUUUAUGGAGACUGUGAUAAUUUUGCUACAUUGAAAGGCCAUAGUGGAGCAGUCAUGGAAUUGCAUUAUAACACAGAUGGCAGCAUGCUUUUUUCAGCGUCAACAGACAAAACUGUAGCAGUGUGGGACAGUGAAACGGGUGAAAGAAUCAAGAGGCUAAAAGGCCACACAUCCUUUGUGAACUCAUGUUAUCCAGCCAGACGGGGACCACAGUUAGUCUGUACAGGAAGCGAUGAUGGAACAGUGAAGCUGUGGGACAUCAGGAAGAAGGCUGCAAUCCAUACAUUUCAAAACACAUAUCAAGUACUAGCAACAACGUUUAACGACACAAGUGAUCAGAUUAUCUCUGGUGGCAUUGAUAAUGACAUUAAGGUUUGGGACCUCCGACAGAACAAGUUAAUCUAUACCAUGCGUGGUCAUACAGACUCGGUGACUGGUUUGGCUCUCAGUGGAGAUGGCUCUUACCUUCUUUCUAAUUCUAUGGAUAAUACAGUGAGAGUUUGGGAUGUGCGACCAUUCGCUCCGAAAGAGAGAUGUGUAAAAAUAUUCCAGGGUAACGUGCACAACUUUGAAAAGAACCUCUUGAGAUGUUCAUGGUCAACUGAUGGAAGCAAAAUAGCAGCUGGAUCCGCAGACAGAUUUGUCUAUGUCUGGGAUACAACAUCACGAAGAAUUUUAUACAAGUUACCAGGACAUGCAGGCUCAGUGAAUGAGGUGGCAUUUCACCCUGAAGAACCUAUCAUUCUGUCAGCCUCCAGUGAUAAAAGGCUCUACCUUGGAGAGAUACAAUAAAGAGGAACAGUUUGUGCAGAGGAACUUCACCUGACUUCUAUCUGCAUGGUGCCCAGAAACUGUUUGAAUCCCAAGAAAGAAAGUAAUGCCAAGUUUAAAGAAAAAAAACGUGUAUACAAUCAACUGAGUUUCUGGUCGUUUGUGCACCAGCCACACGAAUGAAGGGUCUUUGUUACAGAAUCUGAAUCCACACAGUUUCUGUUCUUGUAAAGUCUAGCCCAUGUUCACUUUUAUAUAAUAACUGUAUAGAUCUUUUUAUAUUCUGAAGAAAUAAAUUGUUGUUUCUUUUGCUUAAAACUGACUGGAAGUUGCUGUGAACAGUGUAUAUCUUAUGAAAAGAUCCUUCAUAUCUAAAUGAUUAAAUAGAAUAAUCAUCAUUACGAGUACAUUAUCUAGAAGUUUUAUAUUUUUGGACUCUUAACUAAUUACUAGUUUGUAUUAAUGAUAGAAUAUAAUCAUAUCCUCUUGAAGGAAUCUCGUUUCUACAAUUGGUUAAUUCUAAUUUAAGAUCUGGCACGGAAGCAGAAAAUGCUAGAAGCAUUCAGCAGGUCAGACAGCAUCCAUUUAAUGAGAACCAGAGUUAACACUUCAAGUUGAAGACCCUGUAACAGAAUUCUUUCCAGAAGUGCCUCCUGACCUAAAUAUUUCUAGCAUUUUCUAUAUUUUUUUGAUAUCUACAUUCCCAGUUUUUCUUUUGAUUUUCGUUUAUAAUUUGGCAACGCGAGUUAAAAUACUGCCGCACCAGCUGGGGAUUUUAAAUUCUGUCAAAGAGCUUGCUUCUGUGAUGAUUUUUUUUUUAAAAAAGACUUGCAGUUAUUACCUUGAUGUUAUUGUUCCUUAAAACUCAGAAGGUACAUCAAUAUGUUUAAUUCAGGAGUCCUGAUAAAGGAUCUCUGCCUGAAACGUCCACUCUCUAUUCUCAUCCAUAGAUGCUGCCUGACCUGCUGAGCUCCUUCAGCACAUUGUAUGUAUUGCUCUCUAUUUCCAGUAUCUACAGUAUCUCUUGCCUAUGCUUAAUUCUUUACUGGCCAUUGCAAAGGCUAGCAGGCCACUCCAAUUGAAAACAAGAAUAAAACUGCUGCAGUCAGUCUGACUGGAAAAUGUGACAAAGAUGCACACAUGUCAAUUCUACAAGACCUUUCACAUUGAUACCUACAAGUCUGUCAGGUAAUUCUUGGGAGCAGCCUCAGAAUUGAGAAGCGAAUGUAUGGAGUUGUCUGUCUUUGGCCUUUUGCUCAAACUCUUUAGAUAUGGUUCUGUUCUGGCAUGUGACAGUAAUGAAUGACUGAAUACACUGGACAACAAAGGUUUUGCUCCUGAAUACUUUUGGGUGUAUCUUAUGGAUUUUGGUCUGCUAAUAAUGAUAAUCGCCAUGAAGUUUUCCUGCCAUGUACCUUUUUUUUGAAAUUGUCUAUAUUUGUUAUUUCAAUUCAUAAUUUAAGUUGGGAUAACUGAUGCCAAGAUUAAAGAGGUCAUUUUUGAUGGUCCACACAUCAAACAGGUCAUCAACUGCUGGUUUAAGAUGGCGCUACCAAAGACGUGGUGCCAAGAACAGGUUUCAUCACUUAAGUUGCAGAGAAAGGUUGAACAACUUGGAUCUUUAUUCUUUAGAACGUAGAAGGUUGAGGGGGGACUUGACAGAGGUUUUUUAAGUUAUGAGGGGGAUAGAUAAAGUGGACAUGGAUAGGCUUUUUCCAUUGAGAGUGGAGGAGAUUCAAACAAGAGGACACGAGUUGAGAGUUAAAGGGAAAAGUUUAGGGGUAACAUGAGGGGGAACUUCUUUACUCACAGAGUGGUAGCUGUGUGGAACGAGCUUCUAGCAGAAGUGGUUGAGGCAGGUUCGAUGUUGUUUAAAGUUAAAUUGGACAGCUAUAUGGACAGGAAAGGAAUGGAGGGUUAUGGGCUGAGUGCAGGUCGGUGGGACUAGGUGAGAGUAAGAGUUCGGCACAGACUAGAAGGGCUGAGAUGGCCUGUUUCCGUGCUGUAAUUGUAAAGAACGGUUUCUUCGGCAACAAAAUCCAGAUCAUAAGCAAAUUGCUGGGCAGCGUGUUCUAGGGCCAAAGCGAUUUGCCGCGGAAGGGUACAAGAUACAAUACGCAGUUCGGAUCAUUUAAACGCCGCUCCAAAUAGACUGGAAGGCAGGGUGUCAAGGGUCGGGUGAAGUUGGAUAUGUUCUAGAUGCCAAGCUGAUUUGGGGAGUUCGAGAGGGACUUCUCUGGCAGCGAAAUCUAGGCCCAGAAUGGAUCUGGGGUCUCCUCUCUAUGACACUAAGGCUGUGAGUCUUCCCCUGGCUGCUGUGCUUCGUGUCUGCGAACUUUGUGGUGAUGUGCCCUGCUAAUAUGAUGAAUUGAAUACCGAGGUUUUGGGCCUAUUCCAGGCUGCUCCAGAGGUUUUAGAUCUAAGGACUCAAUUUGGUUUGGAAUACUGCUGUUGCUUGCUUCUAUUUGUUUACAUGAUUUGUUGUUUUUUAUUCUUUGUGGGCACUGGGGCGUUGGUCUUUUUCUUAAAUUGGGUUCUUUCAGGUUCCUUGCUUUGUGGCUGCCUGUAAGCAGACCAAUCUCAAAGUUGUAUAAUUUAUACAUUCUUUGAUAAUAAAUGUGCUUUGAAUUGAACUUUGAAAU